AUCAGAGGGCGUGCAUGUAGCGAAGGUGAAAGGUUAGUGAAAGUCGUGUGGGUAGUACACAAAUCAUCAGUAGUCGUACACUAUCAUCUGUGCGAGUUUGGGUGUAUCUUGCGAUAUUUAUUUUCAUUAUAUCUCAGUGAAAGUUACUUUUCAGAGGAUACGUCUUUUGAGAAAGGAGACGCAUUUUCCAUUCGUGUGUGUCUAGAAGGGGGCGUUCACAGAAAGUCGUGUUUGUCAACUGACACUGGCAAGCAUCGCAUGAUACUUUUCAGCAGGAAGGAUGAAUUAAAAUUUGAAGUAUAAAAUGGCCACCAUCUGAUACUCGGGCUUUUGCAUCACAACAAACCCACAGAGUACGCAGGACAUGAGUGGACGACCAAAUUCAGGGCAAGGUGCAGCCUCAGGAGGGGAUGGUCAGGCAGGCAAAAGCAGCCGCAACAAGCAGGCCAAACUGGUUCUGUUAGGUGACCAGGGUGUGGGCAAGUCAUCCAUAGCACUACGCUUUGUGCGAGGGGAGUUUCAUGAAAAUCAUGAAGCUACUAUUGGAGCUGCCUUCCUGACACAGACAGUGAAUGUGGGCCAGGGCUCCAUAAAGCUUGAUAUUUGGGAUACAGCUGGACAAGAAAGGUACCACAGUCUGGCACCCAUGUACUAUCGAGGAGCUGCUGCUGCUGUUGUAGUUUAUGACAUCAACAAUGCUAACACGUUUACAAGAGCGCUUGCUUGGGUGAAGGAAUUGAGGCAACAGACCACCAACUCUGUUCUCAUUGUGCUGGCUGGAAACAAGGCUGACCUUGCUUCAGAACACCGUGCUGUGCCUGUUGAGGAAGGACGCAGUUUUGCAGAAGAAAAUGGGUUGGUAUUUGCAGAGGUAUCAGCUAAAACUGGUAUGGCAGUACAAGAAGUUUUCAUGACUAUAGCUCACAAGCUGUCACGGAAAGCAGAGGAUGGAGUAGCUGAAGGAACGCAGAAAGACAGGGUCAGACUGAGUGGCAGAGAUGAGGAAGGUUCAUCCUGCAGAUGCUGACUGCCCCAGUCAUUGAAUAUAGAUUGAGAAAUGGUAGAGUGGGCUUUACCUACUUGAUGAGCAUUUCAAACAAGGCCAGAAUUAUCAGUGACAGCAUCGCUUGUAAAGUAUAUUUAUGUACAAACAUGUCUUGUGUACUGUAUUAUGCAAUAAUCUGUUGCUUUCCAAAGAGUUUACAAAGACUGGUUGGCAAUUGCAGCCAUAUUUGGUUUUGUAAAAAUUAAAAAACAAAGAACUGGAAUGUAUCUGUCGUGGUGCAAAAUCAAGAAUUUAAAAUAAGAACUUUCAUAUGGCAUUGAUGAGGAGUUGAGAUGGGCAAAAUGAUUCACUAACCAGACCAUGGCAAGUUUUCAUCCUACCCAGCCCAGUGAAACCUGUUCACUCUGGUUGCCUCACUCUGCCUGUGCCAUGGAAUAUCAUUUUACAGAAAUGAGCAUGCAUUUCAUCCUUUUCAUAAUUUCUUUUAGAAAUGUAAACCAUAAUCUUCCUUGGAGGAAAUAUGUUCCCUUCCCUUGUUCCCACAUGUGAUGUGUAGAAAACUUUUAGAGAGCACAUCUGUUGACACCUAAACAUCAAGUUUAGUAGGGUCUGCAGGUUCUGUGAUCAGCCAGGAACUAAUGUAAUAUUUUAUGUUCAUCUGUUUGUCUGUUUCAUUAGUGAACUACUUUUCACUGCAUGGUAGUUUUCUUAGGAGAAUUUAGGAUAGUUUUCAGUGAUUGCACAAAGAAAUUACUAAAUCUUUGCUUGUGCCAAAGUGUUUGAGGCGAAAAAUAGCAAACUUAAUGGUUUUUUUUAAAUUUUGUUCUGUCAAAUUCUGAGUGUGGGAUGGAUGUUUUGACCAUCUCUAAUAGUUAACAACAGUUUGUCACAGAACCUGCCCUUUGUGUCCUAAUUUGCCUGCAAAAACUACAGGAGCAGAAGGCAGACCUCUUACUUGUCUUCCAGGCAUGAGCUGACAUGGCAUUAUUACCUGUGAUGUAUGUGGGAGAAUUGUUUUCAUGAAUGGACCAAGAAAUAAGGACAUAUUGUUUUUGAAAAACACAGCGAAUCGAGAAUUAUUGUUCUCAGGAAGUGUUUUGAUAGGUGCAAGAAAGAAUGGCUGAUGGUUUUGAAUAUGUAUCACACAAUGUUUUAAGUAGUAGCUCUUCUUUCCAGGAAACACACUUCCUUUGGACAUCAACAGCAUAAAGCAGAAUAACAAAUUUCUCUUGGUCACUGUCUUGACUUUUGUAGUUAACAGAACUAUUUAUCUGAACAGCUGCCUCUUUGUAUAGUUAAAUGGCUAUUUUAGUAGGAAAUAUGAAACAAGAAAUAAUAACAAUACUAAAAUACACAAAUAUAAAUGAGUUAGUACAAAAUUGUGGCAGUAAUAUUGUAAAAAUGUACCGGGCUUUGCCCCAAUCUUUGAAAUUUUUUUCCCAAAACUAGGAAAAAUACAUUGGACUUUUUUUUAAAGAAAAAAGCAAGUUAUUUUUCCCAUGGAUAGAUCACCAUCAGUCCAUGCUAAUGAAAUUUGUGUGAGGCAUAUUGUUGUCGUGUAUUUUUCAUUCAAAAAGCCUAAUUAUUACAAUAGACUGUACUAUACUUUCUGUGCUCACGCUGUGGUAACAAAAAGUACAAUGCUCAUUUUGAGGAAGAAAGGCAUUUGGAUCCCUUUAAAGACUGUAGAUAUACUCAGUAUGUUAUGUAUAUUUUAGCAGAUGUAGUAGGGCACAGAUGGUAGUAUCCCAAAGAUAUUAAAUGUGAACAUUUCUUUUAGGACAUCUCCAGAAGCUGUCCGUUUUCUUUUCUUCAAACGUAAGCAAAAUACCUGUCUGAAAGCAUUGAUGCUUAUGUAUUUUAAUAUUUAUUUUUCUGAGAAAACCAUAUUGAAAGGUUUUGCAGUGACAAAUUUUUUUCAAAUUUUUCAAUUUUACAUUAAAAUGUCUGUAUUUUUCGUUCAUAAACUUUUGUGACAUGA